AAUUACAGAAGAAUUAAAUAAUUCAUCAAAUAUUUCUAUUAAAGAAGACUCACAAUCAUUUAUUAAUGAAAUUUCAAUUAUUUCACCGAAAAAAUCAAAAUUCAAUAAAUGGAAGCAAAGUGCUAUCACUGUGGCUGGUGGAAACGGAGAAGGACAAAAAUUAAAUCAACUCAAUUACCCUUAUGGAAUCUUUAUUGACGGAAAGAAAAAUAUUUUCAUUACUGAUUAUGCAAAUCAUCGUAUUGUUGAAUGGAAAUAUAAUGCAAAAGAAGGACAAAUCAUUGCAGGUGGAAAUAAACAAGGAGAUCGAAUGAAUCAAUUGAGUAAUCCAACAGAUAUGAUUGUUGAUGAACAAAAUCAUUCGAUCAUCAUUGCUGAUUGUAGAAACAGACGAUUAGUUCAAUGGUUGAAUCAAAAGCAACAAAUUCUCAUUAAUAAUAUUAUCUGUUCUGGUUUGACAAUGGAUAAGAAUGGAUUUCUUUAUGUUUCUGAUUUUUGGAAGAAUGAAGUAAGACGAUGGAGAAUGGGAGAAUACAACGAUGAAGGAAUUAUUGUGGCAGGCGGAAAUGGAAAAGGAGAUCAACUCAAUCAACUCAAUUAUCCUACUUUCUUCUUUGUUGAUGGAGAUCAAUCUGUUUAUGUAUCAGAUACAUUCAAUCAUCGUGUGAUGAAAUGGAGAAAAGAUGGAAGAGAAGGAAGAAUUGUGGCUGGCGGAAAUGGCCAAGGAGCAAAUCUCAAUCAAUUAUCUGAGCCUCAAGGAGUAAUUGUUGAUCAUUUGGAUCAAAUCUAUGUGGCAGACUUUUGGAAUGAUCGAGUAAUGCGUUGGUGCGAAGGAAAAGAAGAAGGUGAAAUCGUUGUUGGUGGAAAUGGAAGAGGAUAUCAAACAAAUCAAUUGAAUCGUCCCCGUGGUUUAUCUUUUGAUGAUGAAAGAAAUUUUUAUGUAGUUGAUUAUGGCAAUCAACGAAUUCAAAAAUUUGAAAUAAUAUUGUGA